GUUGUAUACAACAUGUAAUAUAUAUAAUGUUGUAAAAUGUCGGUUAUGAAAUAUGUAACAAGAGCAAGUAAACCUCAUAUUAAGUUAUAAAAAAUUUGAUGACAAAUUACUACAUAAUAUUGUCAUUUAAUCAUUUUAUAAUUAUCUUUGGAAAACAAACGGUAUGUUUGUUAAUAUUUUUUCUGAUUGGUGUGCAACGAAAAGUUUUAUUUUUUAUCCACCUUAAACAGGAAUCAUUCUCAGAACAAAUAUUUUUAUAACUAUUGUCUUUGAGUAUACAUCUGAUAUCAUUUUUUAACAGAUCUGUUUAAACAAUUAAAAAUAUGGACGAACAUUCAUAUGUAUCAUGUAUUAAAAUUAAUGGAGUUCCUAUUUUACCACCUAUGAUAACUAAAGAUAUCAGAGAAGAAAUGCUUCAUUAUAAACAAAGCGCCAUAAAUAUAGAAAAAAAGUUAAUAACUUUACGUGCUGCCAAAAAAUUUAAUAAUUACAAUGUUCAUAGAGAAAAUGCCAGAAAUGAAUCUGAAGAUACACAGUUCAGAGAAGAAGAAUACAGUUCUAAAGAAGACUUAGUUCCUGUUGAAUCUAAGAAUACUAAUUUUAGCCAGACUGAUGUUCCAAUAGAAAUCUCUGAAAAUUCUAAUGGAGAUAUAGAGAAAACUUUACAGCAUAGUAAAGAAUUAAAUACCAAAUAUAAGUUAGGAGAACAAAUGAAUUUAGCUUCUAAUAGCACAUUAAGGUCAGAACUGCUUACAAUUACUAAUAGUAUGAAUCAUUACUCAAAGGAAGCAGUUUCUGCAAAGUCAGAAAUUGAUUUAGUAUCAAAUGCUUGGAAACCUCAAGUGCCUAAAACUUUGAAUAUUGUUCCAUUGAUAUUAAAUGAUUCUAAUAGUAGAAAGAAUGAACAACAUGAAGAAAAUGAGUUAGACAAUAUAGAAGAUACGCCUAAGUUAGUGCGUCAGGGUUCUUAUGUAUUAGAUGCUCCAAGUCCUAUAUUACUAGCACAUAUGCAAAUGGAAUUAGCUAGUUCAACAUGUACUCCUUGUUCGGAAUAUAUUCCAACGUCAUAUCCGAGUACAGUACGUCGGAAGGAGUGGAAUAUUGCACAAGCUAAGAUUGAAUGGGAGCAUGAUGCUAAACAUAAAGAAUCUUUUCCUAUGGAAUCUUUGAAACAUUUAUCAACACCGAAAAGAAGCGGCUAUUCUAAUAGUGGUCAUACUAUACGUAAAUCAUAUUCAUUACAAACAAAGCCAAAACCGUCAUCUGUAUCUACUUACUCAUCUACAAGGUCUGCUGAUUGUAUUCAAACAAUGUUAGCGCAAGAACGUAUAAAUAGAAACAAUAUACAAAUGAAUUCUGAUAAAGCAUCCAAUGUAUAUAGCAGCAAUGAAAAAAAAUCUAGGUUCCAAAAAUGGAGGAAAUGUAACAGUUUUUCCACCUUUAAUUCAGCAAAUGGAUUCGGUGGUUCCUUGGAAAAUUUAGAUAAUAAUAAUGUAUCUUCUACGUGUUCAGAGAGUCAAUAUAAUAAUGUUUCUGCGAGAAACAACUUCGCAUCCGAAAUUUCAAAAAAUAUUGAUAUACAGCAAUCUGUGCCACAAUCAAAAUCUUCCACUGCAACUGAUAAACUUUUGACAGUUUAUAAGAAGGUACAAGAAAUGCAUAAAAAACAAAUGGCUGAACUAAUGUUUCGUCAACAGAGAGAACAAACGUUGCUUCAACAAGAAUUUGAGAAACAACAAUUACUUUUACUAAAUGAGAUUAGAAAGUCAUUUCCAGAACUUUCAGUUCCAUUACUUUCGGAAAACAUUUCAUCCCCUGUUUUUAAAGAGACUACACCUAACAAUGAAAAGUUCUUUGAAUACAUUGAUGAUAAUACACAAAAUACAAAAAUUGUAGAAAAUACUUUGCAACAAGAAAAUGGAAUAGAGCAUUUACACGAUGAUAAUACGAAAGUGGUUGUCUGUCCACUAGAUUAUAUUUACUCUGCAGUGAGUCACGAUACAAAUCCUUGUCCAGUUAAAAAUUCGUGUCCAAUUCAACCAUUGGAAGUAAAAUCAUCACCAAAAAUUGAUAAUUUUGUAUCAGAAGAAAAGGAAUCGGAAAUUGAAAUAAAUAAUGUAAAAAAUUAUGAAAACGAAUUAAUAAAAGACAUUAAUGGCUGUAAACGUUCUAAUGUUAGCCGACAAUUGUUUCCUUUAAAUAGUAAAACUACUCAUGUUCCGAUUCUUGAAAGAACAAUGUAUGGAACUAAACAUGUAAAGGCAAUAAAUAUAAUCAAUGCAUAUGCGAGAGGAUAUUUGGUACGUAGAAUAAUGCGGACGGAGCGUGUCAUUGCUUUAAAAAAUACAUAUAAAGAAGCUUUACAUUGUAUGCUUAAACUUCAUGUUGAUGCACCUCUCAAUCGAUCAGAAUUUAAUUUUCUACAACGUCUUCAAUUACAGUGUGAUGCAGCUUCUAUGAAUAUAGUGGAAUUAUUUGCACAAAGUCCUAAGAAAAGAAUGCAAAUAAUAGCGCAAGAUCGUGAAAUCAAGCAGGCUCGCAUAGAACGUCCAACGUCUGCAAGAUCAUUUUCAUUUGCAACUCAGCGAACCUUAGCAAGGAAAAAACUGAAGGAGAUGGAGGAAUAUCAGCCAGUUUCGUUUGUUCGUACAUGUUUAUCUAGAUCUAGGUGUCAAACUUGGACUUCCGAUGUUAAAGAAAAACUAAUCUCUCCAAAUAUUUUAUAUCAUAGUAUUAAAAGAAGUACUAGUGCUGGGACUGUACGUAAACCAUGGCGGUAAAAUUAUAAUAGUGCCUUUUAUUAUUAAUUUUGUUACAUCAAAUACAUGUAAAAAUUAUAACAUGUGAACAAAUUCACUUUGUGCCUGAAU